AUGAAUCGUCUUGAUCCAGCUCAUCCGUUCAAUGAUGAUAACGACGAUGACGAUUUGUACGUGACUAUGAUGUACCAGUAUUAUAUGGAUAACGUACUACAGCCAGAUCCAGCUCCACUACUCACGCGACGUGCGACGUUAAAUAGAGAUCAUGAGGAAGGGCAUAGACGUCUAGUCAACGAUUACUUUGCGGAAAAUUGUGUCUACCAGCCAAGCGAUUUCAAAAGAAGAUUUCGUUUGCGAAAAAAUGUUUUCCAAAGGAUAGUCAACGCUAUGGAAGCAAGGUAUGAAUUUUUCCAAAUGAGAUAUGAUGCUAGAGGUAAACGAGGCUUCACAGGGUUGCAAAAAUGUGUAGCUGCAAUUAAACUUAUGGCAAUGGGGGAGUCGCCCGAUUCUGUUGACAAUUAUAUGAGAAUGUUUGAGAGGAGCGCACGAGAAAGUUUGUAUUUAUUGACAAGAGGUGUUGUCGAAACCUUCGGUGACCAAUACUUGCGCAAACCUUCGUUGCAUGAUAUGAACAACUAUAUGCGGCGCAUGAAGAAAGACAUAGUUUUCCGGGUAUGCUUGGGAGCAUUGACUGCACACACUGGAAAUGGAGAAAUUGCCCCGUGGCGUGGAAAGGCCAGAAAAGCCCCGGAUGCUCCUUUCACAGUGAAUGGAAAUGAAUAUAAGUUUGGGUAUUAUCUUACAGACGGAAUAUAUCCACAAUAUUCCACGUUUGUGAAGGCGUUUCGACACCCAAUAGAUCCAAGAGACAAAUAUUUCAAGAGACGACAAGAAGGAGCACGUAAGGACGUUGAACGUGCUUUUGGGGUUUUGAAAUCAAAAUGGCACAUAGUUGAACAUGCAGCGAGACCUUAUGAGUUAGAUACUCUACGAUAUAUCAUGUAUGCAUGUAUCAUAAUGCAUAACAUGGUUGUUGAAGAUAAAGGACGCAAUAUUGCAACGUAUUCGCCUACGGAACCAAGACAUGUGCAAUUUCAACCAGGGACAUCAGAAUAUUUACAUAGAGUGGUUGAUAUUCAAGAUCAGCGAAAACGCAUGCAACUUCGUGAAGACUUGGCGGAUUACAUCUAUGUUGGUCACGAAGAUGAAGAUGAAUAG